AGUGCUAUUUCGGAAGGGUGAAUGCAGUUGCCGCUCAGCUUCAACAGCCCGUGGGCGCGACACUGAGGACGCGCGCGUGACCCCGCCGCGGGAAGCUCUGCGGCUCGAGCGCAGCCCGCCCACCCACGGUUACCAGGCGGUUUGGAGCCUGCGUCAGAACGGGAGAGUGACCGGUGCCGGGCCCGACGCCCCGCCCCGAGCCGCGUGUUUUAUUUCGGGAUUUGUAGUGCGAGUUGCCAGCUGAUGCCGAGGUGUCUGGAGACGGGGGAAAAAAGAAAUACGGCUUCGAGUGAGGGGGGGAAACCGGCCGCAUAUUGGUAGCGAGGGGCAAACCGGCUCCAGGGGAAAAGAAAGGGAGAAAUGACGGAACCCAGGAGGAGGAAGACCGCGAAAGAGCCAGAGAACCUUAGCGACAAGGAGAUUGAUGGGGAUGAUGGAACAGGCCUGGAAGUCAGUGAUUCAGACUUAAAAAGUGAUUCGGAUAUUCCUGAUGUUCCGCCCUCGAAUGACGGCACUCCAGAAGUAUUCAAUAAGGCAUUAUCAGGGUUAUCUUUAAGAUGGAAGAACUGGUGGAUUCGAGGGAUCUUGUCACUCGCCAUGAUUUCAUUUUUCUUUCUAAUCAUCUACUUGGGACCUAUUGUACUCAUGCUUGUGGUUCUCUAUGUUCAAAUCAAAUGUUUUCAUGAAAUCAUCACAAUUGGUUACAGAGUGUAUCGUUCUUAUGAAUUGCCUUGGUUCAGAACCUUGAGCUGGUACAUUCUUCUGUGUGUAAAUUAUUUCUUUUAUGGGGAAACAGUUGCUGAUUACUUUGGUGGUCUAGUGCGAAAGGAAGUGCCACUUCAAUUCCUAGCCCGUUAUCAUCGCUUCAUCUCUUUUGCUAUGUACCUGGCAGGCUUCUGCAUGUUUGUACUGAGUUUAGUGAAGAAACAUUACCGACUGCAGUUUUACAUGUUUGGCUGGACUCAUGUAACACUACUAAUCAUUGUUACUCAGUCUCAUCUGGUGAUCCAAAAUUUAUUUGAAGGCAUGAUCUGGUUUAUUGUACCAAUUUCAAUUGUAAUUUGCAAUGAUAUAAUGGCAUACCUAUUUGGUUUCUUCUUUGGGAGAACUCCAUUAAUUAAGUUAUCUCCAAAGAAGACCUGGGAGGGUUUCAUUGGUGGUUUCUUUGCAACAGUUGUGUUUGGAUUUCUGUUUGCCUAUGCAUUGUCGAACUACAACUACUUUGUAUGUCCAGUGGAUUACAGCAGUGAAACCAAUAGCUUCAUUAUUGACUGUGAGCCUUCGCUCCUGUUCCACCUGCAGGAAUACACACUUCCAUCUUUACUGCAAUCUAUUCUUGGAUGGAAAACGGUGCAGUUAUUCCCAUUCCAGAUACACAGUAUUGCUCUUUCCACAUUUGCAUCCUUAAUUGGGCCUUUUGGAGGCUUUUUUGCCAGUGGAUUUAAGAGAGCUUUCAAAAUUAAAGAUUUUGCUGACACAAUUCCAGGACAUGGUGGGAUUAUGGACCGCUUUGACUGUCAAUACCUCAUGGCUACCUUUGUCCAUGUUUAUAUCACCAGCUUUAUCAGAGGACCGAAUCCAAGCAAAGUCUUGCAGCAACUUUUGGUACUUCAACCAGAACAACAGCUUCAUAUCUAUAACAUGCUGAAGUCUCAUUUAAUAGAAAAAGGAGCAAUUGAGCAAUAAAUGGACAGUAGCAUUCGGGCAACUUUUCUCCAUCAGAGUGGUGAAAGCUUCCCAAAUCCAAUCAGGAUACAUAUCUAGUUUGUGAAGUCCACAGUUUAAGGUUGUUCAUACUAGUUCCAAUGUCCAGCACUUUGUAGUUGACACUCCUUAAUACUCUGUAAUACUUUAACCUUUCAACAGGUAAGCAGGUAUUGUAUGAUUGGCAGUCUUUUGAUUUACUUAUUCCUUAUAACACCUAAAUCAAAUUAUUCUUUUAAAUAUCAGGAUCCAAAGUAAAUUCUUUGCUGUUAAAGUAACAUAACUGAAUCUAUAAUCUUUGUUUUGACAGCAGGGGCUGAACUAAAACAUAUUUAUGCAGGGACAUACUAACUUCAAGAAUACAUGAUGCAAAUAUUUUCACUCCUUUUUGAACAUGAAUUCUGCUGAAAGGUGUAAAUUAUCUAUGGGUCUGGUAAUGUAACUGCAUCAGAAUUGUAUGUAGCAAUGGAAUUGACAUUGGGUAACUUUAGAAUAUAAUUUUAAUAGCUGGAAAAUAGUUUUUAAUCUUGUUUGUUCUGCUGCGAAAUGUGAGAAAUUCAUCUGUUAUUUGUUUUAGAAUGAGUACAGCUUUUAUUUAAAAAAAAGCUUGGGUUUAUUUGCAACAUUGCAAGCUGAUUAAGGCUCUGAGGAUUAACCUUGUGGCAGAUGGCAUGGCACAAAGUGUAUAUAAUAAUGUAAGUACAUGUAAAUGCAAGUAUAUAACAAUUUAUAAUCAUUUAUAAGCUUGAAUGUAUUAAGACAUUGAAGAACAAGUUAAAUUUGGAUUGUGCUUUAAAGAUGAGGAUUUUUAGUUUUAUAUAGCAUGUAUAUAAGGAAUGAUUCUGUGAUUGGGUUCCCCAAAGGAGAAACUGUAUGCUUACAGGGUACAUAAGUUACAGAGAGCUGCAGGAAUAUAGUCCUAUUUCUGAUUUGUGAAUUCCUGUGCAUCGCAUGGAACCACAAAUCACCCUAUAGUGAAUAACGGAAGUAAUAUACCCAUGGAACUAUUUUGCCAACUCUACUAAAAUAUAUUACAGAAUAAUCUGAAAUGAAUUUUGGACCACCAUUGACUGGUUUAUAUACUUUAACAAGGCAAUAUACUUUUCCAUUGAUCUACCUGGACUGCAUUCUAAAAGUAUGCAAGAUAUGUUCAUUGUAUAAUGUAAAAUUCCUGUUAAUUACUAAUCCUGUUUGAAUUAUGAAGGCAACUGUUUUUGAAAGUUUUAUAGUGUUGCAUCAUUGCAGAUUUUCUCAAUUGUUUACUUUAUCUGUGUAGUCUGUUGCAUUUUGCAGGUUUUGUAUCUUGUGUGCAUAGUAUUAAGGUUAUGUACCACUGCAGACGGAAAUCCAAAUUUCUGUCAUUAAGAUGAUAUUUAGCUUGAACCCAACCACGUGUCUAUGUGAUGAAGUGUGAAUGCUCUAUUGCAAAACACUAUUUUGGACCUCGAUUUCAAAAUAAAGUAAAAAUCAAUUAUUCUUGU